AUGUUGAUUCAAGUGAAGAAUCGUUCCCCAGUCGAUGGUGGGUUUUCCAGGGCAGCGACGGAGAAACUAUGCCCCUGGUUUGUGUUCGGAAAGAACAGUGAUGGGAACUCGUCAGCGGGGAAAUCUACCGGUGAAAUUGGUGGGGAUCCGAACCCGCUGAGCUCCACGGAUGUCCGUGAUACCAUUCGCAUCUACAUGAAUGUGCGCGGUCGGAAGAGUGACGGCAAGUUCAUCUAUGCCACGACAAUGAAAGACAAUCUUAAGCCCAAGAAGAAAGGCAACGUCUCUGAGGUGAAGGAGGAGAGUCAGACGAUCGGGAGUCAGGCGAAGAAGCGGGCGAAGAUCGAGAGCAAUCCUGGCGUCUCAAGUGUGUCGAGUGUCUCAGAGGAGGAGCCUGUUUUCACGAUCUGCCUCCGUUUACUCAACAGGGUCACCUACCCGUUCCUGAGCGACGGCGUGGCUUCCAUUCUAUCAAACAUGGUGGAGUCUCAGUAUGACCCGCUGGGGCUUGUGGAGGGCGACCUGGACUAUCGCGAUGAAGAUGAAAAACGAAACAAGAACGUUAGUUCGUAUGCAAAGUUGUCGCUUACCGCGACGCGCGACAAGUUGUUGCAGAACGCCCGUAAAGCACUAGCGUACGCGCCGGGUGACAAGGAAGAAGAGUGA